CUUAGGCCUAAGUAAGCCAUCUUACUGGUGUCUUGGUUUUACUGCUCUUGGGUUCAUUUUCUGGUUUUCAGUUACUGCAUCCUCUAGUGUUUCUUCUAGUUAGGCUUCAUGAGUGAUAGACUUGGCUUACUUGUCUAUUAUUUUGUCCUUAUAUGAACUAUUUCUUAGAGCAUUUUUCAUGUGUAAAUGUAUGGGUUUUAUACUCCACAGCAACCAGUGCAAUUCUGACACUUGACUACCAAGAGGUGUAGAGGUCUGCUCCCACUUCAGAUGCAAUCACAAGUCCCAGGCCUUCUGAGGCUUGAUAACUGACAGGGACAGCUCAUAAUAGAACUUCCUGUUAACAGUUUAUUAGAAAGGUUAAAACUUAAUAGCCCUUCCCACUUACAAGGCUCCCGCUGCGGGCGGGCUGGCGCAGCCACAGAAUCCCGGCAGCUCUGGCACACGGAGCAAUGACCCCCUCGCUGCCUGGCAGAGCAGCCCGUAGUGGCAAACGCCAGAGAAAGCUGGGUAAAUCACAGGAUUGUAACUCGACGUCCCGGAGGAUGGCCCUGCAGGACCCGAACCUGGGGCCGGCAACGGCAACGUUCUGCGAAAGUGGGGACAGUGGUCUCUGCGGCUGGGAUAGGGAACCAUAGAGGCGAGCGGCUUCCCAGCUUUCUAGAGAGGAAACGGUGCACGCACUUCCGGCUGGGCCGGCUGCGCUUCCCUAGAGGACCUAGGUCUCGUUCCCACGCUUCCCCUGCGCCUGCGCCGGCGGGUUAGCCCUCAGGGCAGGUCCGGGCUCGCCUCCCGGGCUGGCUAACAGUCUCACCUCUAGAACCUCGAGGGCGACAUGGUCCAGGCCACGUGGCACCAGGAGCCGGUGAGCUUUGAGGACGUGGCCGUGUACUUCACUCAGAAUGAGUGGGACAUCCUGGACCCUGUGCAGAGGGCCCUCUACAGGGAGGUGAUGCUGGAGAACUAUGCAAAUGUGGCUUUCGUGGGGGGUGAGACCAGAAUUGAGAAGGAAAAAUCCGCUCCAAAGGAACACGUUGCCAAAGAACCAGAGUCCCGCAGACUGACACUGGCAGGGCUGCCAGGGAAUGUUCCCCAGGACCUUGAUCGUGGGAGCAGCCCAGGGCAGCAGCACAGCCACUGGGUAGUUACGAAGACAGAGUCAGAGAGGAGAAAUUUCACUGAUGGGUCAUUCCAGUAUCGUGAGGCCCAGGCUAUUGAGAGUGGGGAGAAGUGUGAGAAAUUAGCAAAAAACAUUAGCGUCGACACACAACUCACUGCGAAUCAGCCAGUUCCUGGUGGUCAGGUACCUUAUGAAUGUAGAAAAUGUGACAGAUACUUCAGUCGAAUGGCCGACUUCCACCGACAUCAGAGAUGUCACACUGGCGAAAAGUCUUCUGAAUGCAAAGAAUGUGGGAAAGACUGCAGAUGUAACUCAUAUAACUCACUACUUACUCGGCACCAGGUAGUUCACACUGGAAAGAAACGAUUUAAAUGUAAAGAGUAUGGGAAAGGCGUAAGUUCAGACACAGCCUUGAUUCAGCACCAGAGAAUCCACACUGGAGAGAAGCCCUAUGAGUGUAAGGAGAGCGGCAAGGCCUUCAGUAGCAGCUCCAUCUUCCUCCAGCGCCAGAGGUUCCACACGGGGAAGAGACUCUAUGAGUGUGAAGAGUGUGGGAAGCAGUUGAGCUCCAACACAGCCUUGACUCAGCAUCAGCGCAUUCACACCGGGGAGAAACCUUUUGAAUGUAAGGAGUGUGGGAAGGCAUUCGUUCAGAAAUUCACCCUGGUUCAGCACGAGCGAGUGCACUCUGGUGAGAGACCUUACGAGUGUAAGGUGUGUGGGAAAACCUUUAGCUGGUGUGGAAGAUUCUUUCUACAUAAGAAACUCCACACGCAGAAGGCAUCUGUCCAAGAGGAGGACUAGCCACAGCUGGGCUCACUGCCUCUCCUGGUGUCUCCCCGUCUUCAUGUUUUUUGUCAGUGUCAUCACUGUUCUUCCUGGACUGUGCUCAUUCUUUUUUCAAAAAAAUCCUCACCCAAGGAUACGUAUAUUGAUUUGAGAGGGAGAGGGAG